CGAUGGGCACGAGAGCGAGUCGCCUCCAGGAAGACCCGGUGGUGUCGUCCACUCUCGGGAAGGAUGGCACUGCCAAGCGGGAUUCGUACCGGCGACCCCGCUGCGCCAGGCCCACGAGCCUCAUGGUGGACUUCUCGGGCAGUUUCGACGACACCGAAGUGAACCGGAGCCGUUCGGAGGAGGGCAGCGACUCUGACCUAGGGCAGCAUGGCGCGAGCGCCGACGGAAGCCCGGCCGACCACCACGGCAUCCCGGCAAGCAUGAACCAGGCGUCCCCGGCGGACGACAACCACAGCGAGGGCAAGGCGGAGGAGGACGGCAGCACGAGCCCGGAGGCUCCAGCCAACGCCGAACACCAGCCCGGGGAGGAAACGGGCCGCACACCCCACCGCACUUUCUCCGAGCGGCUGCCCGGAAAUCGGCACAACGGGGGCCGCAGCGUCGGCGCCAGGUCGGCCAGGGUCCGGGGCACUCACCAGCGGCCGGUGUCUGAGGCUUGGAUCGGCCUGUACCGCGUCAACAACCGCCAUGGCAAUAUCCGCUGUCCUUUCUGCUCCAAGCUAUUCCCGGGCGGUCGCAUCGAGGAUCACCUGUUGAGCUGCCUCACGUCGCCGCCGCUUCCCUACAACACGGAUGUGCUGAGCAAAGACAGCGGCGAGUGCUCCAUCUGUCUGGAGGAUCUGGUGCAGGGCGAGACCAUUGCCAGGCUGGCGUGCCUCUGCGUCUACCACAAGAGCUGCAUCGACGCGUGGGCCAAGGUGAAGCCCUGCUGCCCCGAGCACCCCUCGGACUGACUCCCAGGUCACAUGACUUCCCCCGCGACGACUCAGGAGACCACAUGCCAACACUUUCUCCUUAUGGAAGAUGUCCGUCAAUCCAUAAGGAAGUUCCCCGCGGCGUGGACCUCCUCCUAUUGGUCCGGACCAUUUCACCACAAACUGUCAAAUUCCAAACAACCGAAAAGGACGACGGUGGCUACUUUUUGGUUUUAACUCCUCGCUUGCUGGGCGUCUGAUGACGUAAUCGCCCCGUAAGGAGACGGGACGGUCGCCUCCUGUGUAGCCGGCGGGCGGCGCUUUGAUGGAGGCGGGGUCGGGUUUCGUCGUCACCGGCUGUUUAAGUGUUAACAUUUUUAAGAGGGGUUAGUUGGUUAGUGCGCUGUUCCGCGCUGGUGUUUGCACCCAUUUGAGCACUUUUUUGUCCCUCGAGGCUUUUUUUUUUUUUUUUUCUUAUUCAGUUUGCUUUCGAGCGUUGGACUGGAGAUGAUGCCGAGUGAGUGUUUAUUGUGAAUUACCCGCAAUUCUUUGUUGGUUUUGUUACAUCAUGUUACAUGUGGCAACGGUACUGCUUUUUGAAGCCCAUCAUCAUCUUCCCGACCCCCCCCCCCCCCUCCCCUCCCCCGGAUCUCUGGAAUCCACUCUUUUUCGCCGUUUCAGCCUUAAAGGGACGGCGCUACCUUUUUGUAAUUGUGAUAUUUUAAAGUAUGAUAUCAUAACGACCGUGAUUAUAUAGCUUGACGUAUGACUUUCUUUUCAAGCCUAUGUGUGUGUGUGUGUGUGUGUGUGUGUGUGCUGCCUUUGCUUGUUCGCUGUUUUUUUUGGGGGGGGGGGGGGGCACUUUAGAAGCCGUCAGAAAUCAAAGAAUUAAGAACGACUGAUGUAGGAAGUCUUUUUAUUUUUCUCCCCCCCAAUCAUCCCCGUUUGGUUUGGAAAGCCGUUGGAGCAUUUAUUCAAUCCUCUUGAUAUCCAGCUUAAGUCCACGUACUAGUAGGCUCUGUUUUUCCCCACGAAUAGUGCCACUUUUGGCUUCCUAGACCGCAUUACAAAUAAAUGCUGAAACAUCUUGCCAUAAAGCUGUUUGAGCAUUUAUUCCAUAUCCAAAUGUCCAUGUACUAGUAUGCGCCACACUAGUAAGACAGUUAAGCACAUUAGUAGAAUGACUAGACAACACUAGUAGAAUUACUUUCUUACUAGUAACGUUUUCCCCCCCCACCAUUUUCGCCAUUUUUGGCCUACAAGUACGCAGCAGGAUUAAAUAUGAAUAAAUGCCCAAAUGGCUUUUCAUAAAGUUGUUUGAGCAUUUAUUCGAACCAGUCAUUCUACUAGUGCGCUAUAUGACUUACUAGUGAGUACUAGUAAAGAACGUACUAGUACAUGAAUAUGGAAUAAAUGCUCAAGCGGCUUUCCAUUUUCUUGUCCCUGCUGAGGUGCUACAACUCGUCCUGCCACUAGGGGGCAGCCCUGUGCAUGUUUAACAAGAAGAAGAAGAAAUAAGAAUAAUGCCAAAUUGUUGUGCGUGUGUGUAGAUGCUCAUUCGAUGUUACGUUUGUUGUGGUGAUAAUUUAUGACGUGUACUCUUGAGGUGCGUGCGUGCGUGUGUUUUCAAUAAAGUGGGCGGACAGCCCUCAUUUAAUUCGCGUGGUGCAAUACCUCAAAUUUUUACCAAUGCUAACUCGCAAAGCUCGCUCUGUGUAUGUAUGUAUGUAUGUGUGUAUGUGUGUGUGUGCGCGCGUGCGCGCGCGUGCCUGUGUGUCCUCAACCAAGGAUGGGAUUUUGUAUAAAUAGACCCCACCCCAGAUCUGUUCCCCCGCGUGCGUCCCUGUCAGACGCCACAGCUUUCGUCCAGCAUAUAACGGACGGACAAUCUGGAAAGGGAGGGGGGGGAAAAAAUAAAAAAAAAUACUGCAGAGGCGUCAUUUUAUUUAUUGAAUUGUAAAUAUGUAAUGCAAUUAUAAAAACAAAAAGAAACGGCUGGUCUUUGUCUGUUGGAUAUACUGUUUCUAAUGCUCCAAUCUUUUGUAUGUCUCAAAUUGUUUUUAUAUGUAUUUUUUACAAUAAAUGUGUGAAGAGGA